UUGGUUAUUCCUGUAUUACAGAGCUUUUUUCAUUCCACAACGCGUAGAAUAUCAACAAGCACUGUUAAUAUGAGCCAAAGUCUGGUAAAAUUAAAAAGAUUGCAGUCUAACUUUCAGCGUGAAGAUGGAAAACCAGUAUGGCUUAAAAGAGGACUGUCUGAUAGAGUUCUGUAUAGUACAACAAUUGUCUUAUGUUUUGUUGGUGUUGGCAUGACCCUCGCUUUUAUUUACGAUCAAGCUAAACCACCUUCUUGGAAAAAUAGUAUCUGCUAA